GAGCGGUGCGGGGAGGUGAGGGGGCUGAGGGAGCCGGGGCAGCGAGCGGGGCUGGGAGCGGCUCGGGGAGUGAGUUGUGAGUGCAGGGGUUGUUUGGCAGUCCUGGCUGAGGACAGAAGGCUGGCUGGUGCUGCAGCAGUGUCCCUGCAGUGUCCCCAGGCCCAGGCAUGGAGAAGUGGAGCCUGAUGACAAUCACGGUGCUGCUGGCACUCACCGUGCGCUGGGCUGUGUCCCUGGGCUCCUACUCAGGGGCAGGAAAACCACCCAUGUAUGGAGACUAUGAGGCUCAGAGGCACUGGCAAGAAAUCACCUACAACUUACCCAUCAGGCAGUGGUACUUUAAUACAAGUGACAACAACCUGCUGUACUGGGGCCUCGAUUACCCACCUCUCACUGCCUAUCACAGUUUUGUGUGUGCUUACAUUGCAAAGUUAAUAAAUCCUGAUUGGGUUGCUCUGCACACAUCUCGGGGCUAUGAGAGUCAGCCCCAUAAGUUAUUUAUGCGUACAACAGUGUUUGUUGCUGAUUUGCUGGUUUAUAUCCCUGCAGUUAUUUUAUAUUGUUUUUCCUUGAAAGAAACAUCUGCUAAAAAAAAGGUUUCCAGUGCUCUCUGCAUCUUGCUUUACCCAGGCCUCAUCCUUAUUGACCAUGGGCACUUCCAAUACAACUCAGUGAGCCUUGGCUUGGCCUUGUGGGCUGUCCUUUGUUUGUCCCAUGACUGGGACCUCCUGGGCUCCGUGGCCUUUUGCUUGGCCUUAAAUUAUAAGCAAAUGGAGCUCUACCAUUCCCUGCCCUUUUUUUGCUAUUUACUUGGAAAGUGCUUCAAGAAGGGACUGAAAGGAAAGGGGUUGGUGCUCUUGGCCAAACUGGCAGGGACAGUGCUGGUGUCCUUCGCUGCCUGCUGGCUCCCGUUCGGCACCGACGUGGAACAAAUCAUGCAAGUACUCAGAAGACUCUUUCCCAUUGACAGAGGCUUGUUUGAGGAUAAAGUAGCCAAUAUUUGGUGCAGUCUAAGUGUCCUUAUAAAGAUAAAGAAUGUAAUAUCCCCUCGGACUCAGCUAAAACUCAGUUUUGCUGUGACAUUCCUCAGCCUGCUCCCAGCCUGUAUCAAGCUCACUGUCCAGCCUUCCCUGCGAGGCUUUAAAUUUGCCUUGGUCAGCUGUGCCUUGUCAUUUUUCCUCUUCUCCUUUCAAGUCCAUGAAAAAUCUAUUCUUCUCGUGUCAGUCCCAGUCUGCUUAAUCAUAAAUGAAAUCCCCUUUAUGGCCACGUGGUUCCUACUUGUGUCAACUUUCAGCCUGCUGCCGCUGCUGCUGAAGGACGAGCUGCUGCUGCCCUACGCCGUGACCACGCCCGCCUUCCUGGCCGUGUGCCUGGCCUCCUUCUCCAUCCUGGAGAAGACCUCUGCAGAGGACCUGCAGCUCAAGGCCUUCUCCCUUUCCCUCAGGGGUUAUGUGUCCUGGUUCAAGUCCUUCCCCAGGAUUGUCAGGAGCCUGUUCCUGCUGUCCCUGGCCCUGAUGGGAGUGCUGUCAGUGCUCAGUGCUGCGCUGCCUCCUCCCCAGCGCCUGCCCGACUUGUUCCCCGUGGCCGUGGCCGUGGUGUCCUGCCUGCACUUCCUGCUCUUCCUGCUCUAUUUUAAUGUUGUGAUACUCUGGGACUCCAAGAAUAAAGGGCAGAAGAAAAUCAGUUAAUGAAGCUGGAGCUGCAGGACUGAGAGUGCUCAGUGAGAGGUGCCAGCACUGCAGAGGAGCCUGUGUGUGAUGGACACAACUCGAGGAAAGCCAGGAAAAACCUUUUGCUUAUUUAAACGCAAAACAAUCAAAGACUGUUUUAAAGGAGAAAUAUUUUGAAGAGCAUUGGGAAUGGGAUUUGAUUUGUUUUCUUUGGAAGUGUUAUACUUUUGUUACCAUUUGUAAACCUAAAAUGCCUAAUAAAGGACCAAAUUUUGAAUUAAUGCUAAAAUACUGUA